AUGAUUGAAAAGCGAACGAGAAAUGAUGGUGAUGAUGAUGAUGAUGAUGCUAUGUGUCUAUUGCUAAUGUUUGAACCUCCAUUUACGGGUGAUUUCGAUCUUGAUGUCGAGUUCGGAUCUUCUCUACAACAUCCUUUCUCACUUCGUAGUCGAUUACGUGAAGUUCGAGAAGCAUUUCGAGGAUUUCGGACAAGCUCUUGUAAUGCUUGUGUCGCACUGAGAAAACCAAUGAAAGAAAUUGAAGUUGCAAUACAAUUUUUGCAUGAAGUGAUACGAACCGAUAAAUAUGAAGUGCUAAUUGGUAGUGCCAGUGCUGUUUUUGAUGCAGUUCUUGCUUAUAUAGCGUUAUUGAAAUAUCCCGUACCUCAUGUUCAAUUGUUGGACUGGGUGGAAAACAAGAUCUUAUGCAGUGAUAUUUAUGAUGAUGUUACUUCGCAAUCUGAAAGCUCAAGCAAUGGUGAAGGAGUACGUUUGGCGACCGAACUUUUGAAGGCUAUAAUGGAAACUGAAGAAAAUUCGCAAGACACCAAUCUAAAAUCUAGAAAAGAUGCCAUUGUCGAUAAACUUCAUAAUAUGCAUGAGAGUAUAUCAGAAAAACUAAAUGAUCCUGGCUUUGAAAACACAUUUGACAAUGACGCAACUUCAUUUUCGGGUCGUUCAGUUGAAAAUUCAGAAGAGCGAGAAGAAAAAAAGGAUACCAAAACUUGUGAGGAAGAAGUUCAGAAAUUAUCAGAUGGUAGCGAAAUAAGAACGCGGAAAACAAAAACGUUUAAUAUGAAACAAAAUAGUAAACAGGUAACUAUUCGAUCACAUGGUAACAGCGGUAAUGAGACUGUGAAUAUUUUCCACGAUGGAAAUAUGUCAUUUAAAAAUGAUCUGGCCACCGAUAAUUUCUUCACAUCUCGGAAACCAUCCGUGCAUACUGAUUUAAAUCGGUCAAAACAUUUUAAUGAUGUUUUGGAAUCAACAGACAAAUCGAACAAUGAGAGCGAGUGCAUAUCUCAAAAAAUCAGAAGUGUUCACCACACAGAUACCGUUUCACAAAGAGUAUCCAAGACAGCGAUGAAGAAUGGCAAAAUUGUCUGGGAUGAUGCAGCUCACAAAAUUGAUAAAAAUGAGUUGAAUGCCACGCAAGUGGAAAUUUUCAAGAACGACAAAAUAAUAGGCAGGCAGGGAAGUGGUUCAUAUGAAGAAAAAAGUACGGUGAAGAUGGGUCUAACUCAGUUGUCAUCCUCACCUCCGAUUCCCCCAAAACAACGUCAUGUUGUUCAAUAUAUGCAGACUUUCGGAAAUGAAAGAGAAGAUCAAGAUGACUUUUUCAAAGGUUCAACACUUGCUUCAUACAUCACAUUAAAUGACAAUUUGCGAUAUUACGAAGAACAGUAUAAAAAACAAAUCUCAUUUGAAUUCUCGCUAUCUGGUAUGCUGUUCAUCAUGAAUAAUAUAUUGCGUCUUACUGGUGUAAUAGCUUUUACUGAGCCAUUUUUUACAUACCAUUGA